UUGACAAUUCAUACGAAAAAUUCCUCCACAAAAAAACAAAUUGUGUAUUUUUCUCACGUCUUUUUUUUUUUUGUUAUUUUAACCAAAAAUUCCAACAUAUUUCAAUAAAACAAUUAACAAAUCUUUUAGCCACUAUAAUAUACAUGUAAACAAGGAAAUUGUCUAGCCAUGGUUUAAUUAAAAAAACAUGUGUAAACUCCAACAUAAAAGACAAGCCAAAUUUAUAAAACUAUUGUAGAAAUAAACAAAAACAAAAUAAACAAUAAAAAAAUAUAUAUUAAAAUUUCACACUAUAGAAAUUCCAACGAAAUUCUUGUUAGUUUUAAACAUAAAUGACUCAAUGCACAACAGAAUUGGUCGUAAGAUGUUGUUGACCAGAAAACACUGGAUCUUUCUUAUGGGUGUUUUAUGUCUUAUGGUCUGUAUAGGCUAUUGGUUUAUAGGCUCUGAAGUUAAACUAAAUGCUAAUGCAGGUGCUGCUACAGCCUCCGAUGCUCUAUCGUCUUUGGACAAUUUCGAUUAUGAGGAACAACUGGUAGUGCUAUAUAAUCGUGUACCCAAAACUGGCUCUACAAGUUUUGUAAAUAUUGCCUAUGAUUUGUGUAAGAAAAAUCGUUUUCAUGUUUUGCAUAUCAAUAUUACGGCCAAUAAUCAUGUUUUAUCUUUGCCUAAUCAGGUCUCUUUUGUACGUAAUGUCACUAAGUGGCAUGAAAUGAAACCGGCCCUUUAUCAUGGUCAUUUGGCAUAUUUGGAUUUUUCAAAGUAAGUGGAAAAUUAUGUUGAAAGUGUUCCGUAGAAAACUAGAGAAAAUUGUGUUAAUAGUCAAAGUUUUAAAAGAAAAUUUAUAUUCUAUAGA